AUACUAUACAGAGCGGAAAGGCAGAGUGGGGAAGCUGCAAGCCUGUGAGUGUGCUUGUGGCUGUGCUCCGCUCCGCUCCGCUCAAGCAGGAUCCAAAGCUCUGGAGACGAACAAGGAAGCUACUGCUCCUACCUACUCGUGUGCCCUUUGAUUGGACAGAGAAGUGAUUGAUUGGUCAUCGAUGUUUGUGGCGAUCUGAGCGAUGAACCAGUUCGUGCCCGAUUGGAACAACAUGGGAGACACCUCCAGGCCGCUCGGCGAAGACGACGACCUCAUCGAGCUGCUCUGGUGCAACGGCCAUGUCGUCAUGCAGAGCCAGAACAACCGGAAGCUACCGCCGAGGCCCGAGAAGGCGGCGGGGGCAGCAGCUCCCGCCCCCGCGUCGGUGGCGCAAGACGACGAGGCCGGCCUCUGGUUCCCGUUCGCGCUGGCCGAUUCGCUCGACAAGGACAUCUUCUCGGAGUUCUUCUGUGAAGCACCGGCGGCGGCGGCUCCGGUGCCCGCAACCCCAGGCGUCGAGGACGGUAAGCCCUGCAGGGACGUCCCGAUGGAGGACGAUGACAGGCACGGCGGGGCGUGCGCGGUGUCCGAGGCCCCGUGCGACCUGAUGCCGCCGCCCAAGUCGGCGCCCGUGUCCGGUUCGAGGCAGCAGACGAUGAGCCUGGCGGACGGCGGCGACAACGCCGGCGACCUCUCCGACCUCUUCCGGGCGGGCAGCGUGGGGAAGGCGGCGGAGGCCGGCGCGUCGUCGAUGCUGAGCGCGAUCGGGUCCAGCAUCUGCGGGAGCAACCAGGUGCUGGUGCAGCGCGCAGUGAGCGCGCCGGGGCGCGCGUCCGGCAGCGCGCUGCCGUCGGCGACGGGGAGCGCGAACGCCAACGCCAGCGGCAGGGGCAACGAGGCGACGGUGGCGUCCUCGUCGGGGCGGUCCAACUACUGCUUUGGCACCACCACCGCCACCACCGAGCCGACGAGCACCAGCAACCGGAGCAGCAAGCGGAAGCGGCUCGACACCGAGGACUCCGAGAGCCCCAGCGAGGACGCCGAGUCGGAGUCCGCCGCGAUGUUGGCGCGCAAGCCGCCGCAAAAGCUGACGACGGCGCGGAGGAGUCGCGCCGCCGAAGUGCACAACCUCUCCGAGAGGAGGAGACGGGACAGGAUCAACGAGAAGAUGAGAGCCCUGCAAGAGCUCAUACCUCACUGCAACAAGACCGACAAGGCGUCGAUGCUGGACGAGGCUAUCGAGUACCUCAAGUCGCUGCAGGUGCAGGUGCAGAUGAUGUGGAUGGGCAGCGGCAUCGCGGCUUCGCCGGUGAUGUUCCCCGGCGUGCACCAGUACCUGCCGCGGAUGGGCGUCGGGAUGGGCGCCGCGGCGAUGCCGUCCAUGCCUCGGAUGCCGUUCAUGGCGCCGCAGCCGGUGGUGCACAACGCGCCCGUCAACCCCGUGCCGCUCUCGCGGGCGGGCUACCGGGGGCACAUGCCGGCGGUGGGCAUCACCGAGCCCUACGCGCACUACCUCGGCGUCAACCACCUGCAGCCGACGCCGUCCCAGCAUUUCGCGCAGGGCGUGGGAUACUACCCGCUGGGGGCGAAGGCCGCCGUGCAGCAGAGUCCGGCGCUCCAUCACGUGCCGGGUGGCGGCAUGCCGGCCGCCGCCGCCGCGCCCGGGGUGCUGCCGCCUGAAAGCACUCCGAGCAGAGGACCAGGAUGACUAUAACAGGAAAGGACAAAUCACAUGGCUGAGCUGAUGUUUUUGACAAGUGUGAAAACUAAGAAAAUGAACUGCACAGAAGGAUGAAGCAGAAGAGCAGCUGAUGCGGCAUUUUCUUUAGGGACCCCAUUUUGAGAUGUGUGCAGAAGUUUCCGGAAGGGGUUGAUCUCUUAACAGAUUGUAUUAAUAUAGCAUGACUUUUGCUUAGUUGGUACCGUGAUGAUCUCUAGUUUAUCUUCUCUAUUCUUGAGUUGAGAAAUAGUUGAGAUAGUUAAGAGGUGGUGAUUCCGUUUUGCUAUUUAGAUGCAAACCAAUUCAAGAGCGUAACAUACCAAAAAGCAACUGUAAUUGUUGGUGUUUUAUGCUUUGGGCAGCAGUUUCCUCCAUUGUACAGAGUAGAAGUGAUAUUUAGAUGCAAACCAAAUGAACCAUAUGUAAUACAUGACAUUCCUAUGCAAUAGCACUGCAUAUGGACA